AUGCGCCUCUUUCUGCUCCUUGUUUGGGUUUUAUGCUCCGUUAUAUCUGGAGUUUUCGGCCAAGAUUAUGAUUUCGGCGUUGAUUUGGUAUCUCUCACACGACGACAGGACCCCAAUGCGCCCAUCGUCGUCAGUCGCCUGCCACUGGCUGCCAAUGGGAGUAUGCCCCUGAGACUUGAGAUUCGUAAUGUACAGGCAGAUAAAUACAAGUGGGAUCUGUACGUGUUGGCGCUGAGUAUGCUUCAGUCAGUCAGCCAGGACGACCCCAUGUCGUAUUACCAAAUUGCCGGGAUACACGGUGUACCCUUUGUGACAUGGAACGGCGUUGGGCCAGCAGAGGGCGCGAGCCUGUCGGGCUACUGUCCGCAUAGUUCUGUGCUAUUUCCGACUUGGCACCGGCCAUAUCUAGCCUUAUACGAGCAAGAGUUACAUAAGCUAGCCAAUGCCAUUGCUCGCAUGUUCAGCAAUGUGACGGAACGUCUGCUCUACCAGCAGGCUGCCUCCGAAUUUCGGAUACCGUACUGGGAUUGGGCUUCCCCUGCACCAGCUGGCCAAAGCCACUUUCCUGAUGUAUUUUGGAAUUCCACAAUGAUUCAAUACGGCCCCAAUGGUGUUCAGGUAAUUCGAAAUCCAUUGUAUUCUUAUUCAUUUCAUCCCCUUGACGAGGACGCAUUCAUCUGGCCACCGUUGAAAAGCUGGAAUGAGACGAAGAGAGCUCCAAACACACAAGUCAGUGAAACAGAGCCGCCGUCGAUGAAUGACCAGGUAAAUUCCGCUUUGCUAGCAAAACUGCCUGAGAUCCAGCAGAGGCUUUAUAUACUAUUCUCGAGUUAUCACGAAUUCGAUUCAUUUAGCAACAAAAACUAUGCCAUAUCUCAAAAUCUUAGCCAUCUGGACUCCAUCGAGGCUAUCCACGACAUUAUUCACAUAUACGGCGGAUCUAGAGGUCAUAUGACCUACGUUCCUCUAUCCUCUUUCGAUCCUCUUUUCUUCUUACACCAUACAAUGACGGACAGGUUAAUAUCAAUGUGGCAGCUCCUCAAUCCUACGGCAUGGAUGACACCCCAAACCUCGGGAGAGACGACUUAUACGGCGCUGAAAGGGACCAUGCAAAACUCUAGCACCCCACUUACACCUUUCAUGUCUUCAGCCAGCGGCACUUUCUGGGAUUCAGACAUGUCUCGAACGACUGAGGUGUUUGGUUAUGCGUAUGGAGAUACAUCAGCUCUGUAUGGCGAUACUAAGAUCCCGCGAGACAAGCUGAUUAGGAAGAUUAAUAACUGGCUUGGGAGAAACAGCCCAGCCAUGAUUCGGUUCAAGAGCCAAUCGCAAUGGAGGCCCAGCGGGAUAUGGAAAGGCAAUUCAGAAACCAAAAGCUUUCAACCAAAUGGCUAUUACACCGAAUGGAUUGCAAAUGUCCAUGUGAAUCACGGUGCUCUGGACGGAUCAUUCACUAUUUAUUUCUUUACUAGAGAGCCACCAGACGAUGUUCUCACCUGGGGCUUGGCCUCAAAUCUCAUAGGAUCAGUUAGCAUCUUUAUGAUGAACGGAAUGGGCAGCUCUCAGUCCAAGAUGUCUGGAACAGCGCCGUUGACUAUGGCACUGAUGAAGCACGUCGACCAAAGAGCUAUACAAAAUCUUGAGCCGGAGUCGGUGGUGCCAUUUCUACAACACACUCUACACUUUCGCGUUGUUGAUAUUGAUAACAAAGAGGUUGACCCGGCCCUGGUGACUGGGCUCUACGUCGCAAUCAGCAGCACCAGGGUUAGAUUGCCUGAGAGCGAGUUUGAAUUCCCGGAAUGGGGCCAGCCAACACUGAGACUAGCAAUAUGGGAGUAG